CCGCCCCCAUGCUGUGCGCGCGCUGGCCCGGCAGCAUGGCGGCGGCGGUGGGCGUCCCUCAGCCGGGUCCACCGCAGCCGCCUCCGCCGCCGCCGCCCGAGGAGUCGUCGGACAGCGAGCCGGAGGCGGAGCCCGGCUCCCCUCAGAAGCUCAUCCGCAAAGUGUCCACUUCGGGUCAGAUUCGUCAGAAGACCGUCAUCAAAGAGGGGAUGCUGACCAAACAGAACAAUUCAUUCCAGAGGUCCAAAAGGAGAUACUUUAAGCUGCGAGGGCGAACACUGUACUAUGCAAAGACCGCAAAGUCAAUCAUAUUUGAUGAGGUGGACCUGACAGAUGCCAGCGUGGCUGAAUCCAGCACCAAAAACGUCAACAACAGUUUUACGGUCAUCACUCCAUGCAGGAAACUCAUCUUAUGUGCAGAUAACAGGAAAGAAAUGGAAGAUUGGAUUGCAGCUCUGAAGACUGUCCAGAAUCGGGAACAUUUUGAGCCGACCCAGUACAGCAUGGACCACUUCUCAGGGAUGCACAACUGGUACGCCUGCUCCCACGCGAGGCCGACCUACUGCAACGUGUGUCGUGAGGCCCUGUCUGGGGUCACGUCCCAUGGACUGUCCUGUGAAGUGUGCAAGUUCAAGGCCCACAAACGGUGUGCUGUGCGUGCAACCAAUAACUGCAAGUGGACCACGCUGGCCUCCAUUGGGAAGGACAUCAUCGAGGACGAGGAUGGGAUUGCCAUGCCUCACCAGUGGCUGGAAGGAAACCUGCCUGUGAGUGCCAAGUGCACGGUGUGUGAUAAGACCUGCGGCAGCGUGCUGCGCCUGCAAGACUGGCGCUGCCUGUGGUGCAAGGCCAUGGUGCACACAGCUUGUAAGGAAUCCUUAGUGACCAAGUGCCCACUGGGCCUGUGCAAAGUGUCGGUCAUCCCUCCCACGGCUCUCAACAGCAUUGAUUCUGAUGGCUUCUGGAAGGCCACGUGUCCUCCGUCCUGCACCAGCCCCCUGUUGGUCUUUGUCAAUUCAAAAAGUGGGGACAACCAGGGCGUGAAGUUCCUCAGAAGGUUCAAACAGCUGCUGAACCCUGCCCAGGUCUUUGACCUGAUGAACGGGGGACCACACCUCGGCUUACGCUUAUUCCAGAAGUUUGACACAUUCCGGAUCCUGGUGUGUGGUGGGGAUGGCAGUGUGGGCUGGGUCCUCUCCGAAAUCGACAGCCUCAACCUCCACAAACAGUGUCAGCUGGGCGUGCUUCCCCUGGGCACAGGGAAUGACCUGGCGCGCGUGUUAGGCUGGGGCUCAGCCUGUGACGACGACACUCAGCUCCCUCAGAUCCUGGAGAAGCUGGAGAGAGCCAGCACCAAGAUGCUGGACAGGUGGAGCGUCAUGGCCUACGAGACCAAGCUGCCCCGGCAGGCCUCCUCCUCUGCUGCUGGCACGGGCACCGAGGACCUCAGUGAGGGCUCUGAGGUGCAGCAAAUUCUCUUCUAUGAAGACUCGGUUGCAGCCCAUCUUUCUAAAAUCCUGACCUCCGACCAGCACUCGGUGGUGAUCUCAUCGGCCAAAGUGCUCUGUGAGACGGUGAAGGACUUUGUGGCUCGAGUGGGAAAGGCCUACGAGAAGACGACCGAGAGCUCAGAGGAGUCGGAGGUCAUGGCCAAGAAGUGCUCUGUCCUGAAAGAGAAGCUGGACUCUCUCCUGAAGACCCUGGAUGACGAGUCCCAGGCCUCAUCCUCUCUGCCCACCCCGCCGCCCACCAUUGCCGAGGAGGCGGAAGAUGGGGAUGGGCUGGGCAGCGGCUGUGGCUUGACCGCGGACCGCGCAGUGGGGUCAGCGUGCCCAGCCCGGCCGCAGAUAUUCCGGCCUCGGGAACAGCUCAUGCUGCGGGCCAACAGCCUGAAGAAGGCGAUCCGUCAGAUCAUAGAGCACACCGAGAAAGCUGUCGAUGAGCAGAACGCCCAGACCCAGGAACAGGAGAGGGUCGUCUUAGGCCUCCCCGAGGCGGAGGAGAAAAAGGACCUGAGGUCGGACGACAGGCUAUGCCACAGCGAGAGCUUCGGGGUUGCCAAGCACAGGAGCCUCCGCAAAGUGUCCAAGUCCCCGUGUGAGAAGCUGAUAAGCAAAGGAAGUUUGUCACUGGGCAGUUCUGCCUCUCUCCCCACCCAGUCAGGAACCCGGGAUGGCCUGCCCGUGCUGAGCACGAAGAUCCUGUUCCCGAAUGUUCGUGCCGGGAUGUCUGGUUCCUUGCCUGGUGGCUCGGUCAUCAGUCGCUUGUUAAUAAAUGCUGACCCCUUCAACUCUGAGCCAGAAAACCUGGAGUAUUACACGGAGAAGUGUGUCAUGAACAAUUACUUUGGCAUCGGCCUGGAUGCGAAGAUAUCCCUGGAUUUCAACAACAAGCGGGACGAGCACCCCGAGAAGUGCAGGAGUCGGACCAAGAACAUGAUGUGGUAUGGCGUUCUCGGGACCAAAGAGUUGCUGCACAGAACCUACAAGAACCUGGAGCAGAAGGUCCUGCUGGAGUGUGACGGGAGGCCCAUCCCGCUCCCCAGUCUGCAGGGUAUUGCUGUCCUCAACAUUCCCAGCUAUGCCGGAGGGACCAACUUCUGGGGGGGCACCAAGGAAGAUGAUACUUUUGCAGCCCCGUCGUUCGAUGACAAGAUCUUGGAGGUGGUCGCCGUGUUUGGCAGUAUGCAGAUGGCUGUCUCUCGGGUCAUUAAGCUGCAGCAUCACCGAAUCGCCCAGUGUCGCACAGUGAAGAUCUCCAUCCUGGGGGACGAGGGUGUACCAGUGCAGGUGGACGGAGAGGCCUGGAUCCAGCCUCCAGGAUACAUCCGCAUCAUCCACAAGAACCGGGCGCAGAUGCUCACCCGAGACCGGGCAUUUGAGAACACGCUGAAGUCCUGGGAAGACAAGCAGAAGUGUGAACUGCCUCGCCCGCCAUCCUUCUCCCUGCACCCGGAGAUCCUGUCCGAGGAAGAGGCCACCCAGAUGGACCAGUUUGGGCAGGCAGCGGGGGCCCUCAUCCACAGCAUCCGGGAGAUAGCUCAGUCCCACCGAGACAUGGAGCAGGAGCUCGCCCACGCCGUCAACGCCAGCUCCAAGUCCAUGGACCGCGUGUACAGCAAGCCCAGAACUGCGGAGGGGCUGACUUGCGGCUUUGUCCUGGAGAUGGUCAGUAACAUGAAGGCCCUGCGCAGCGAGACGGAGCUGCUGCUGGCUGGGAAGAUGGCCCUGCAGUUGGACCCCCCCCAAAAGGAGAGGCUGGGGACUGCUCUCGCAGAGAUGGACCAACAGCUCAGGAAGCUGGCGGACACCCCCUGGCUGUGCCAGCUCAUGGAGCCCAGCGAUGAAGAGAAUGUGACCUCGGAUCUUGCCAAACGCAGCCGCAGUGGGAAGUUCCGCCUGGUGACCAAGUUCAAGAAGGAGAAGAACAGCAAGAACAGAGAUGCCCACAGCAGCCUGGGAGCACCGGUGCACCUCUGGGGGACAGAGGAGGUUGCUGCCUGGCUGGAGCACCUCAGUCUCUGUGAGUAUAAGGACAUCUUCACCCGGCACGACAUCCGGGGCUCUGAGCUCCUACACCUGGAGCGGAGGGACCUCAAGGACCUCGGCGUGACGAAGGUGGGCCAUGUGAAGAGGAUCCUGUGUGGCAUCAAGGAGCUGAGCCGAGGCCCCCCGGCCGCCGAGGCCUAGCCUCCGCCCUCUCAGCCUGCGUCCUCCACGCGUGCGACUAAGGGCAUGAGCGUGUGGCCCGGGGCCCUUCACAUGGUGCUACUUCUUUGCCCUGCGCUCGGGACAGGAAGCCUCUCAGCCCCCCUGCCCGGCCAGCUCCGGGGUCUGGGACUCACCAACACAGCUACCUUUGGACACGCGGCUUCCCAGCCCGGCGGCGUGCGGGUGACUGGGCCGACACCGCCGUGCCCUGGGCUCCGGUCUGUGUGCCCUCCGUGUGCGCCUCCAGUCCUGUCCGGUUCAGUCCGACGGGAAGGGAAGGGGGACUCGCUCCUCCUGGAGCCCGUGAAGUGGCAGCCGCGUCCCCGGGCUGGGGAGCACCGCCCACGUGUCUCAGUCCUUCCUGAGCAGCAGGCAUAGGGUGCGGUGCCUCUGAGUGCGGCCCGGGGCCAGUGGCCCCCUGUGACAAAGGCCGUGUUUGCGCUGGGCCAGGAUUGCCUUGGAGACGGUGUCCAUUCUGCUGGACAACAAGCUGCUGCCCCAGCAGAGUGGCCAUGGGUGGGCAGCCUGGGUUGGCCCGAGGGCCCCAGGUCCCUGGAGGUGUCGGCACACCUCUCGCCAAGUUGUCACUGCCUUUGACUGUGCCCUUUGCUGCCCUUCCAGAGUCAGCCAGGCCUCACAGGGCUCUUGUCCAGCCUGGAAAGGGGGUUUUGUAACCCCACCCCAACCCUUGGGUGAACCCCCAAGGGGAGGGCUGACCGAGUGAGGGGCUGGGCAGGAAGCGUUGGGGCGGUGUCACCCGCAGGGCCUCCUGGGGACUUAGAGCUGAACAGCGUUUACCUGCCAUUAGCUUUGCAGAUACCGCCCACCAUCAGCUCCUCUGCCCAGCGUGCCUCCGUGGGUCCCCUCCUGGGGCCUGGCUGGGCGCUUCCCGGGUGGUCCUUCUGGGUGGCCAUGUGGGGGGACCCGCACUGCGCACAUGCCCUCGGCUGCCUGCUGGAGGGGAGACCGGGCAGCUGUGAGUGACCUUCCUUGCCUGGGACUCUCUUCCCACCAGAAGAGCUGUCGUAGGCGGGGGAGGUGAAGAGAGAGUCUGGCCCCCGGGAGUCACCGACUUCAAAGGAGAGGUCACAGGGUCCCAGAGGGCGGCUGCCCUGUUGGAGGUGGGGCGCCUGGGCCCUGAGGUCCCCAGGGCCUCCAGACGGGACAGGCCGGAGCUCCGUGAGCAGGUGCAGGGGAGCUGCCCUGGGGCCUCCUGGGGCCUCAGCGCCUGCCCUUGGCAGAGGCUGAAGUUUGGGUCAAGCCUGGGGUUGACAUCAGUGUGCUGUCAGUGACUGAGGCAGCACUGUUUACGUGUAAAAGCCAUUUUCUAAUUCUCCUUAGUUAGAAGCAAGAGAAGUGGACGUGACUUGAUGAAAGUGCACUGGUGAGGGGCCGGCGCCCCCGCCUCGUGGUGUCUUUGUUGCUGCACCUGGGGCUGCUCCCCCGCCCGCCCCAGCACCGCUGCUGUGUCCGGAGGGUGGGGGGGGGGGCACCUCACGGUCCUGUCAGUGUGUCAGAGGGAGGAAGGCUCCCCGGAGAGUCUUGGAGAAAGGUGUGUACCCUCGGGUGGGGCUCACCCUCGUAUUUAUGACCCUAAUUUAUACCGUGCCCACCGUGGAAGCAAACGCCUCCCGCGUUGCUGUGUACAUAGUGCGCCUGGGGCUGCACAGAGGCCGUGUAAAUAAAACGGGCCGUUUUGGAUCCCCCGUCGGGCUCUUGUCCUCAUUCGUGUGCUUCGACAUGAAGUGUGGGUCACCCACGUCCUCCCAAACUGGACUCAGAAUCAUGUUUCUCAGUUGCUCUAAAAAUAAGUUGAAUUGUGGUGGCUGAAAAGCAGAAGAGAAUGCCGCCGUAGUUCUUAGGGCCUGGGUCCUAAAAUCUGCUGGGCGAGAAGCUCAGCGAGGAGGUGGGGCCCCGGGAGAGAGGAGGUCCGUCCCCCGGUUAGUCCCGGCAGCCUCAGCCCAGCCGCUCUCCGAGGGAAGGUCAUUUUAGCCAAUAUUCUAACCUAAAUCUGUAUAAAACUGCAGGCUGGCGGCCCUCCUCUCUCUGUUUACUCGUAGUACCUUUAUUCCAAGGUCACUUGAACUGUCACCCCCCAGUUCCUUGGGGUGAGCAGUGAGGACGGGGACUGUGGGCCCGAAAAUCGGGCUGGCUGGGUGCAGGAGGGCUGUGUGCUUCGGAUGUGGAGGUUGCCUCCCCAGCAGGUCUUUGUCGCCUUCCUUGCUUAGCAGAGCCCAGUUUCACCCUGAUGUACGUCUUCCUCCCAGGUGGCCACCCAGGAGUGGGCCUCACGGCUAUCAGGUGGCUGCCACCAAUCCGGGCAUCACAUUCAAACUUCACCAUGCCCAGUAUAAGGUGUGUGUGAGCAGGUGAUUGUCUAUUCUGUGUGUCUCUGUUUUUCAGUUCUCACCUGAGGACACGCUUAUUGAUUUCAGAGGGCAGGGAAGGGGGAGAGAGAGGAGAAACGUCCAUCAGUCCUUGUAUGGGCCUCGACCCAGGACCAGACUCACAACCUUUGUUUACAGGAUGAUGCUCCAGCCCAAUGAGCUGCAGCAGCCUGGGCUUCUGCAUCCCUUUUUAAGAUCAGAGGAACCUUGUCAGAAGCCCUGGCCUUUGCAGACCUCCCCUCACUUCUCAGUGUCAAGAAUGGGGUCACAUACCCAUGACCGAGUCACGGGAGGGGAUGGGGCCUUGCCGACAGUGGCCAACGGUGGUGCUGGUGGCGAGCAUGUUUAUAAGUGGUUAAUGUACUAAUCCCGCCUCCAGGUGGGCAUCUGCACCUUGCAGGUGAGGACAUGGUGCAGAGGUUCUCCGCUUGCCCUGUGUUGUACAGUCAGCACGUGCGGAGGUGGGGUCACAGGGCAGCUGGGCACCCACCUCGUGCCUUAGAGUGCUGUGACCCAGGCCUGACACCAUGCCCAGGCCACACGACAGGUGGGGCCACAGGAGCCCGGGCUUCCAGGGAGUGCAGUGUGGGCUCAGGCAGCCACCAGCCUCCACACCUGCCGGGGAGGCCAGCUGCCAGCCCGAGAGGGGAGGGUCCGUGCUUGGGGUGAUUGCAGGGGUCAUGGUGCCGUUUCCUGCGGAGAACCCAUCCGCCCCGCACACAGGUAAGUUCUCCGAGCACUUCACACUGGGUCUGGUCUGGUGACAGGGGUGGUCAUGACUUGGCACAGACGAGGCUGCUUUAAUAAGGAGACCCCCAGUGUCAUGGCUCCCACAGAAUAAGGCGUAUGUUUGUCCCAGAACAACCCAGGGCUGUUGUGUGUCAGGCGCUGAGGGACUCUCUGUGUGGCCAAGGGGGCUUGGGUCGCCCCUUCCUGCUGGGUCGGCUGGUGGCCUGGAGCAGCGAGUAGAGGUUUCCUGAGUCUGCCGGGGGCAGCAGGGCUGGAAACAAAAACUCACCGGAAGGACCUGGCCUCACCUGGCUGAAAAGGAGGCUGGGAGAUGCCACCUGGCCCCAAGUAAGGAGGGGACAGCCAGGGGCUGUCCCUGCUGUAGUCCCCAGGGGUUUGAAGUCCCCUUAUGGGAAAAUGGUGGGUUAGCCAAAAAGUCCCUUCCUUUUUUUCAUAAAAUAAAGACAUUUUCAUUUUCAUCAGUGA